GCGAAGAAGAAGAAUGACGAGAAUGCUAGACGGAAAAUAGAGGGGACGGAGUACUGUUUGUUGAACGUUAAAUUAACGCCGUUACCUCAAAAUAUUGCCAUUGAACAUAGCUGCAUUACACUAUGACAGAGCCUCAGUCAGCGCUGUUACUCGGGAGACAGCUUGCAGAGCUGAACAAAAACCCAGUGGAGGGAUUCUCGGCAGGCCUGAUCGAGGAUAAUGAUCUCUACAGAUGGGAAGUCCUUAUCAUCGGACCUCCAGACACACUUUAUGAAGGUGGUGUGUUUAAAGCUCAUCUGACAUUUCCCAAAGACUACCCUCUCAGGCCACCUAAAAUGAAAUUUAUCACAGAUAUUUGGCACCCUAAUGUGGACAAGAAUGGAGAUGUAUGUAUUUCUAUUUUGCACGAGCCUGGGGAGGACAAGUACGGCUAUGAGAAACCAGAGGAGCGCUGGCUGCCUAUCCACACAGUGGAAACCAUCAUGAUUAGUGUUAUCUCCAUGCUGGCAGAUCCAAAUGGUGACUCACCAGCAAAUGUGGACGCUGCAAAAGAGUGGAGGGAGGACAGACACGGCGCAUUCAAGAGGAAAGUUGCCCGUUGUGUACGAAAAAGCCAAGAGACUGCGUUUGAGUGAUAUUUAGCAAGGAUCUAGCUUCAUGUUUUCAGGGUCUCCAAUUGAAAAUCAACAUGGCACUGUUUCCUGCACUCUUCCACCCUGUCAGGCUUGUCCUCCUUUGUUUUGGCAGGAACAGACUGGCUACUGUAGGCUGCAAUAGAACAUAACAGUGACUACCAAGGCUGACAGAAAACUGCCAAGCAAGUGCCAACUCGAAAAACAAAACACCCAGAAGAUGAUAAUACAUUUUUCAAGUCUAUGAACUGCUUCAACAUUCAGGAAGAUAUUGUAAAGACAUGUAAAUAGCACAGACUAAACCGGAUAAUAUAUAAGCUCCCUUUCCAUCCAUCAAGACACUUAGACCAAAUGAGUAGCACUGGUUCAGAUAGAUUUAUGUUUGUCCAUUUUCCUUUCUCAAGUCCAGCAUGCAUUAGUUCUCUUUAGAUUGUUUUAACAGGAGGUCUUUAGUAGAAAGAGACUUGUGAUGCUUUUGGAGGAAUGUCACCUGUGAAGAACCUCAUUGAUUCAACCAAGGCAUGAAUGACAUGACUGACGAAGGGUUUUUUUUCGAGGGAUACCGCCAUAUUAGAAAACAUAGCUGUUCUCGUGGGUGCUUUAACACUCUCAGAGCUCGACAUCAUACGUGCACCUGAAUGAUUUUGUUUUUCUUUAUCAGUUACAAGUCUUACCAUCCUGCUCAGUUGACUUCAGAAAGGCAACAUACCCCUUAAUUUUUGUGCAUGCUAAAUUCUGUCUAUCUUUUUUCAAAAGUGCCUCCUAAUAAAAUGCUUGGCCACUUCACCCCGCAUUGAACAAGUGUUAAAAAUGUCGAUCGAAAAGAUGGAAAAAUCGUGUACCACCCAUGUAUGAAUCUGUUUAAUAUCCAGUACACAGGGCAUCUGUAUAAAUAGGAUAACAAUUUGGUGUAGCAAUAACUCCUAUAAUAUGAAGUGUACACAUGUUAAUUUUUGAUAUCCUGAUACAGGUUGAGGCCCUCUUCUCCAAUAUUCCAUUAUUUUAGCAGCCUCUCUUUUCCUUGUGUGUGUUGUCCUCAGUAGGAAUUGUUAUGCAUGCUUUAUUGUAUUUUUUGUUUUGUUUGUUUUUCGCAGAAUGUUUCUGGGAUUUUGUUUGCGAAUGUUGAGUGUUUGUGAUCCAGUAUGUGUGCCCUUUUUGUUUUGCCGUUCUUUCCCCUGAUCCACAAUCUCAUCCUUAUUCUGCUCACUGAACUGUUGCAGUUUUGCCUAUUGUACAAAGACAAAAUACUGAUGUAUAUUUUUCAUGUUAUGAAACCUGUCACCUGUAGUGAGUUCUUCUAAAAUAUGACUUUUUUUCAAUAUUUACUUGUGUAUUUAAUUCAGCCGUGUUUUGGACACAACAUUAAUUACAUGUUGCUCGUGACAAAGACAACAGAAAACCUUCAUGUACACAAAGUGUUUUCAUUGCAAUAAUUACAUUUAUAGAAUGGCCUUUUUAUUAUCAGCAUUUCAGACAAAAAGUCCACUAAAUGUGGCUGAUAUGUAGACAGUUACUACAAAAGCAUUUCAUUAGUUAAAAUGUUAACGUCAAUCUGUUUUCUCAGCAAGAUCACUCUUCGAAUCACUCAUUUUGAUAUAUUCUUUACAUGAGUUUAUGGUGGAUUUAGGGGAUUGUGUUCAGAGCAUGUAAUUUACUCUUCUACUCAUUUUUUGUAAAUUCUGCUAAACUGUUUUCAUUCAGCGAAUUUUCCUUUUUUUUUUUUGGCUUAGAGUCACUUAAUUUAUCCAGUUUUGUUGAUGACAAACCACACUGCUAAAUGUAUGAAUUAUCAGAGCGACUAACACAAUGACAGGUUAACUGUAUAGAAGAUGUUUUCAGUUGGGGCUCACAGACAUCUGAAGUUGUGUAAACAGUUUCUCUUGUUCAGGCUUGCCUCUGCACAAGCACGUGACUGUCAGCUUAGAAAGUUUUAGAAUUCGAAUUGUCACACAAACUGAAUCCCAUACGAUUGUCCUGUUGUUUCCAUUCAGUAACUGAUCAAGAAAGUCAUAUUUAGUGCACAAAAGUAAACUAAUGCAAAAUGACCUUCAAUCAUGAUUUUGGUAAAACAAGACUGUGAACAUGAUACAAGUAUAAGAGGAGUCUUUUUUAACCAUACAGUACUUUGAUUAACUAAAUGUGUCUUCAGUGAUUUGGUAAACAGAAUCCUCUGAGUUUUAUCAGCAGAGAAAACAUUGUCAGGUUUUCAUUCAUUAAACAGCAUCAUGCUUUA